AUGGUCCAUCUCAAAUCCAAACCAGACUACACCCCCCUCACCCCAUCAUUCCGCCCCCUCCCAAAGAACGGCCACCUCGCCGCCCUCGAGCCCGAGUUCGCCCACGUCCUCAAAGCCGCAGACGCCGCCGUGGCGCCCUUUUGGAAGCCCGAGCUCUCGCUCCACGAGUUCCGGCAGGCCUGGCUCAGCCCGCCUCCCGCGCCGAAGGGGACCCCGCAGGAGGGCGUCGACGUGCUGGCGGAUACGCGGAAGAUUCCCGUACGCGAUGGCGCUGAGAUUGAGAUCAAGAUCUGGAGGAGCAAGAACGCUGUUGGGAAAGCGGUGCUUGGGAUGAGGUUUCACGGCGGCGGUUGGGUUGUCGGGGGCCACAUGACGGAGGAGCCUGAGAAUCUAAUGUUGGCGGGGUUGGGGAAUGUCGUUGUCGUGAGCGUGGACUACCGGACAGCUCCCGAGCACAAAUUCCCCGUCCCCCUAAACGACUGCCUCGACGCCACAAAAUGGUGCAAAUCCAACGCCUCAACUCUCGGCAUCGACCCGGAAAAGAUCCUUCUCCUCGGCUCCAGCGGCGGCGCCAACAUCGCCAUCGUCACGGCCCUGCGCAUGCGCGCGGAGGGCGUCUCAGGCCUCCUCGGCCAGGUCCUCGCCUUCCCCGUGACCUGCCACCCGGCCCUCAUGCCCAGCGACAAGUACGAGCUCGCGAGCUACCGGCAGUGCCACGACGCCGCCAUCGUCGACGCGCGCAAGAUGGAGUUCUUCUGGGACGCGUACCUGCCCGGCCCGCCGGGGGAUGUUGAGCCGCGGGCGUGGCACUCGCCGUUGCUGGCUGAUGAGGGCGGGUUGAAGGGGCUUCCUCCUGUUUUGAUGCAAGUUGCGGGAGCUGAUCCGCUGCGCGACGAGGCCAUCGCCUUCGCGGAGCGUCUGCAAGAAGAAGGGGUGUCGACGGAGCUCCACACGUACCAAGGCAUGCCGCAUUGUUUCUACAUGUUUGAGGGGCACCAGUCGACGGCGGAGUAUUACAGCCGGGUCAUCGGGUUCGUCAAGAAGAUUACGGGGGACGCGGCAACGCGGGCGAGGUUGUAG